AUGCUGUUUGCCAGCCGACGAGCCACACUCCGCUUAACCACGCGAGGGACGAGGCACCUGUCGGACCACGCGCCGGCGGCCGCUGUCGCCUUCUCGACGACGGACAGCAUCCCGGGGUCAACGGUAGUCCAGUUUUGUGGCCUCGCGGAAGGCUCGACCGUGCGCGCAAAGAACGUCGGCCACGACCUCCUCGCUGGCUUCAGGCAGAUCGUUGGAGGCGAGAUAACAUCGUACACGGAUCUGCUGCAAGAGGCGCGAGCAGAGGCCAUGUCGAGACUAGCGGACGACGCGACUGCAAAGGGUGGCAACGCCGUGAUCGGCCUGCGGCUGGUGAGCUCCUCCGUCAGCGCGGGCGCGAGUGAGAUCCUUGCAUACGGCACCGCGGUCAGGGUCGAGUGA